UUUUUUUCAAUGGCACAGUGAAUGUGACCUGAAUGCGACGCUCAUUUAAUAAAGGAAUGAGACGCAAAACUCAUUGGAAACAGACCUAAGGAUCCUAUGGCACUGUGAAGCGCUUUAGCCGCGUUAGUCAUCGCACCCAAGACGAAAUCUAGGUUGAUUUUAUUUCACUCGAGGUUCCUCGUUUUCUCCGAGAAUUCUUCAUAAGACGUCAGUUCGCGAGAAGACAUGACGAGUGCAUUUCCUUUUUUUAUUUUCUGAUCGUCGCUGAACCAUUUCCUGAGAUGAGACGUCUACUUGAAUGAAGAUGAACUGAAAAAAUAACUACGGCUUGGGAUUUUAGAGGGUUUUUGUGAAACUAUACGAUCGGUGUUUGGGGUUUAGUUACACCGGUGCUCCGACCUUAAAAAUCCGUUCGCUGUAAAUGAGCAUCGGGCAGACGCCUUGGUCUGCGGGCAAAAGGCAUUUUCGCAAGUCCGUAGCUAGUGUAUGUGGGGAGGAGCGGGAUCGGAGAGGAAGGACGCUGCGAUGCUGCGAUGGAAUGAAAUAGUCUACCCGAUGGAUUUAGCCUAUGAAAAAAACAACAAAAGACAUCUAUGCUGUAGUGCAUCGCAGUUUCAGUGCAGUGACCGUAUAGAUUACUUUCAUUGUUAAGCAGGACGCCUACUCGACCGCUGCAAUAUUAUUUCGGCAAAGGCAGACGUCUAGGAGGGGUCUAGUAGCGCGAUCGGCUGUGAGAAUAUAAAGCCUGCAAUUUUAUAAUGUCUUUCUAGCAGAAUGCAGUGAGCGUGUUUUUAACCCACCACCAUUACGCCGUUUCCGGUUCCUAGCUGGUGUUUCCCCAUUGCAAACUAUUGGAAAAGCAGCAGAUCCAGAUGGCAUGGACACUUACGCAAGGUCUGCCGCUCUGCCGUGCUACUGGAGCCUAUUUGCAGUCUCCUACUUCAACUCAGCUCCAUCAUCAUCACCCAAGCGCCCCGAGAGCACUGCAGCAACGCGACCAGCAACCACAGAGCCAAAGCAGGCGGCAUGAGGCUUGAUUCAGUACAUUUCUCCAUGCUGGUCAUCGGGGUCUCCUUCGCCUGCUAUUCCCCGAGUUUAAAUUCCCUGCAGGACCAGGCUUACAAAUCAGCGGUGGUCAUUGAAGGCAAGGUGCAGGCUGUACCUGUGAAUGUCUCAAAGGAGCCGUACAGUGUGAAUGUCAAAGUGUUGGACGUGUGGCCGCUGAACAGCGGGGGGUUGGAGCGGGAGCAGCUUGUCACCGUCGGGGAGUUCGGUUCGGAGGCUCCGUGCACCAAAGUCAAGAAGAACCACAAAUACAUAUUUUUCAUGGACCCAACAGACGAGCCUCUGGUAUUCAAGGCAUCGUACGCUCCUCUAGACACAUAUGGGAAGAAUCUAAAAAAAGAUGUUGGGAAGAUCUUGUGCGAAGACUGCGCCUCCGCACCGAGGUUAAAACGACUGAGGAACCAGCUACUGGAGGAAGGCGACAGGCUGGCCCUGAAGUGUGAGGCCACUGGGAACCCCGGGCCAGCCUACACGUGGUACAAGGAUGGCAGCGAACUUAAGAAGAGCAAGGAAAUCAAAAUAAAGUCCAGCAAGAAAAACUCCAGGGUCCAGAUCAAUAGAGUGAAGCUGGAGGAUGCUGGGAAUUACACAUGUGUGGCGGAGAACUUGCUGGGGAAGGAAAACACAACAAGCACCAUUAACGUCCAAAGCAUAACCACCACACUGUCUCCGGGGUCAGGUCACGCCAGAAGAUGCAACGAGACAGAGAAAGCCUACUGUGUGAAUGACGGUGACUGUUACUUCAUACACGGUAUAAAUCAGCUCUCUUGCAAAUGCCCCGCCGGAUACUUUGGUCCACGCUGCCUACAGACAGAGCCCCUACGGCUAAAAAUGCCCAAUCCUUACAAAAGUGCCCAAAUGAUUAUAACGGUGAUCGCUGUCAAACCUACGUUAUGGACGAUUUCUACACCUUCUCCGUUGCAGUACAUCUCGAAGAACGCCCCAGCCACCGAGCGAGUCAUUCGGCACGGGGCAGAGGCGUCCUUCUCUGGCAGCCGAGCGUCUUCCAGAUCCCACCACACAUCAAGCCCCGCCCACUCAUCCACACACAGACACGAGGACCGUACAUGGAGCUUGGACAGGACAGAGAGCGCGCUGUCGGACUCCCCCUCGGGCAUGGCGUCGUCCUCCGUGGGGACCAGUAAAUGCAACAGUCCUGCGUGCAUGGAGGCGCGGGCCAGGCGUGCGGCACACUGUGGCAUUACUGAGCCCCACCACCCCGCCGCACGGUACAGGGACUCCUUCGACUCGCUGGGGGACUCUCCGCACAGCGACAGGUACGUGUCGGCGCUGACGACGCCGGCGCGCCUCUCCCCGGUGGACUUCCAUUACUCACUGCCCCCACAGGUGCCUACCUUCCAGAUCACCUCCCCCAACACCAGCCACGCCAUGUCCCUUCCGCCGGCCGCCCGCGCCUCCUACCAGCCAGAGGACGACCAGCCGCUGCUCCGCCGUUACCAGGUGCCGCUGCAGGACGCCCGGCGGCACGAGCUCUACCGACAGCAGCGUCGUACCUACCUGGACGAGAGUACCGGCAGCCUGCCGUCCAGCCCGUACCGGCCGGCGGACGACGACGAGUAUGAGACCACGCAGGAGUACCUCUCCUCCCUGGAGAAACCAAAGAGAAGCGGAUCCAACGGCAGACGCUGGCGGAGGUCCAGGCUCAACGGGCACGUGUCGCAGCGCGGCGAGGCGGCGCGGGACUGCGGCUCGCGGAGCUGCCUGUCGGACAGCGAGUCAGAGGAGGAGGAUGGGGAGAGCACGCCCUUCCUCAGUAUGCAGAACAUGAGCACGGAGCCCUCCACCAUCUACAGGCCGGCCGAGGCGCGGACUCAUCAGCCUUCGGGCAGGCAGAGUUCACGUGGGAACGUGCCGCCGAGACUGACGCUGUCCCGGUCCAAACAAGACAGCGCUCCCCAGUAGAACCGACCUACCGACGCAACAAUACACUAUAGACCUGCACCUAUAAGAAAUAUUUUUAUUUUAUAUAACAGACAGAUAUUCUAACAAAUGAAAUAUUUAUUUUCAUUUUAGCAAAUGUUGUCUACUAGCUAACAGCAAAGACUUUUUUUAUAGGGAAAACUCUAUUUAUAUGUACAUUUUGAUUUACAGCAUAAAGAAAAAGAGACGUGCCAAUUUUUUCACAACUUAAAAAAAAUAGAAUAAUAUUGUGGUGCCUUUUGAUGUAUGCCGAUGCCAGAGGUCCAGUUACGUUUUUUGUAGCCUUUCUUAUACGGACUCCUCAUUUUUAUACACGUUUCUUCUUUCUGUUCUCUUCUUCAUUGUCAUUUCAUUUUUUCAAGGUUUGUUUUUUUGGGGGAAUCAUCCCUUUUUUGAACUGUGACAUCCUUGUCUCAUCAUACGAUAUAAGCCACUUCUGCCUAAGGUGUAUGUUUACACGAAUAUGAUUCGCUCGUUUGUUUGUCAUUUUGUUUGUUCGUUUUCGUUUUCGUAACAGGAGGCUGAGGGCGUGGCGGCCUUCCAAA